AUGCCCGAGGACAGAUCCCCUAAAGAUAAAUCCGUCCCACCUCCGCUCGACCCAUUCCCCACCUACCAGACACCAUACUCUCGAUCCGACAAAAACCAGCACGAAAACCCAUUCAUUCAAUUUCGUCGUUUUGCUGACGACCAGUUCUCCUCAUUCUUCCAAGGCAUUCCCAGUCUCUUUGGGGUGCAUAACAAAGAAGUCGACGAUCUAAUGCGUCGCAGGCAUGAAAUGGAGGAAGGAUGGAGGAAGCAAUUCGAACAGGAAAUGGAAGAGAUGAGACACGAGAUCGAAAAGUCCCACGUUGCCACCCUUAAGGCCAUGGAAGAUUCAUGGUCUCGCUCUACCAAGGGAACCACUUCCAAGCCUUUAGCAUCGACUGAGCAACCCCCAUGGUGGACUCAAGGCAAUGCUUCCAAAUGUCCUGCGUUAAAUGGCCAACAGUCACAGCAGAAUGCACGUAAAUGUCCGGCUCUCUAUAAUGAGACUGGGCAACCAAAAACAGAGUUGGAUAUGUACGAGGCGGACAUUUCGUCCAAUCCCCAAUCCACAGGCUCCCGAGUUGUUUCAUCAACAGGUGUCCCUUGGCUUGAUUGGCUCACUCCAGGAGAUGUCAAGUCGAGAGAGAAUACGACCAAAGAUGUACAGAUGGCUUCGGAAGACUACCCAACACCACAAGCUACUCGAUACAGCUUAUUCAAGGCCAGACAUAUGAAUCCAUUUGAAAAUCCUGAUCACACCAUUCCGUGGUUGAUGUUGAGCCCUUAUUCUCCUAUAUAUCUUUCCAACCCAGGCCAAUCGAGGAUGUUUCGAGUCAGAAUCCAAGAUUCGGAGGAAGUUCCCUUGCAAAUAUCAAGACCAAAGUACUUCGAGAGGUGGUAUACCGAGGUGGAUGACAAGUUGGCAAGACAACUCUCGUGGGCCGAUGCCUUUGAGGAUCUUGUGAGCUUGCAGCAGACUGGUUCAAUGGUGGAUAGGAAUUUCUCCACUCUUCGAACCCCUCCUACAUGGAUUCAUGAUAUGGUGCGUCGUGGAAGUCUUGGUGAUCGAUGGGGCUUCAAUGAAGAUGGCAUGCUCAUCAAACGCUCUAGUGGUACUGCCAUUACUGUACGUGAAUCUACCAUGAAAGAUCGCUGCCAACGAAGAAGAGAGCGGCGAUGGGGGUCUUGGAGGCGUACUGAGAAUAUUCAGAAACAAACUGAACAGGAUGAAACUGAAACACAUGAGGAUUCCAUCGACAAACUGGUUGAUGAACUUCCAGAAUCUAUUGCUCGCUCACCCGUGUUCGGUGGGCUCUUGUCUGCAGCCGACUCUAUCGUUUCAGCUGUUGAGCAGGGCAUCGAAGAUGUCUUGAAGCAGACUCAGCAUGAGGGAUUUACCGGUGAUGAAUCUGCCCAAUCAGCAUCCACAAUUGAGUCUGACGAGUCGGAUCCCACGCCAUAUACGUCUCUGGUGGACUCAUCGAGCUCAUCAUACUCCUACUCCAGCAAUAGCUCGUCGAGCUACUCUGCCUCAUCCGAUCAAGAGCCCAGCUCUAUCAUCUCAACCUUAACGACUACAGUAACACGUACUCUACCAGAUGGAUCUGUCGAAACCAAACGUGUCUUCAAGAAGCGGUUCGCCGAUGGUACAGAAGAAAGUGACGAAAGUACCGAAGUGAAAAGCAUUCCCUCCCGAUCAUCUCCAAUCACUACUCAAGUGCUGGACAAAGAAACGCAGACUCAACUUCCCGAUGGGAGUUCCUCAGCGCAUAGUAUGCCAUAUCGACCCACACAGCGUAGUCAAGACAACGUAGACAGGAUACGCCAGACAUAUGGAGCAGAAGCAUUUCAGCGAGACAAGGACGAAGUCCAGUUGUCAUCGAAUGCAAAGACCGAAGAUGCUCAACGCUGGCGUGGUGGUGGCUGGUUCUGGACACGCUGA